CUACCUGAACAAGUUCCACAAGUUAGCCUCACCACUGCUCUAACAAACAAAUUAUCUCUCUAAAUGGCUGAUACUGCAAUUGCCUUAUCCAUGGAUGCUGAGCCAGUCCCAACAAAGAAACCGAGAAACAACAGGAGAGCUCUGAAACAGAAAAACCCAACCACAAAUGAGGCUAAUAUCAUGGCACAGAAGCUCUCCGCGACCUCUCCCGUGGCUAUUCCAGCAUUAGCCACCGAUCCUUCAAAAGAGAACCAUGAGAGUCUCUCGCAACCUCGCUCUUCGUCCAAGAAAGCGAAGGCCAAGGUCUCUAAGGCUAAGCAAACCAAGCAAUCAUCUUCUUCAUUUGAAACGGACAUGCAAGAAAUGCAAGAAAUGCUUCAAAAGUUGAGGCUAGAGAAGGAGAAGACUGAGGAGCUACUGAAGGAGAAAGAUGAGAUGUUGAAAGCAAAAGAGGAGGAGCUCGAAACCAAAGGCAAAGAACAAGAGAAGUUACAUUUGGAGUUGAAGAAAUUGCAGAAAUUGAAGGAAUUUAAGCCCAACAUGACAUUCCCCCUCGUUCAAUCAUUGAAGGAGGACCUAGACAAGAAAAAGAAGAAGGACGGCCAAGAAAAGAAAAGGCCAUCUCCACCUUACAUCUUGUGGUGCAAAGACCAGUGGAAUGAGGUGAAGAAACAGAACCCAGAUGCAGAAUUCAAAGAGAUCUCAAACAUAUUAGGGGCAAAGUGGAAGAAUGUUAGUGCAGAGGAAAAGAAACCUUACGAGGAGAAGUAUCAGAUUGAAAAGGAAGCUUAUCUGCAGGUAAUUACAAAGGAGAAGCGAGAGACUGAAGCAAUGAAGCUUUUGGAAGAGGAGCAGAAGCAAAAGACGGCAAUGGAAUUGCUUGAACAAUACCUCCAGUUCAAACAAGAAGCAGAGAAGGAGAACAAGAAGACAAAGAAAGAAAAGGAUCCAUUAAAGCCAAAGCAUCCAGUGUCAGCUUUUUUCCUGUUCUCUAGCGACAGACGGGCUGCUCUGCUUGCAGAGAACAAGAAUGUUCGAGAGGUGGCAAAAAUUGCUGGUGAGGAAUGGAAGAGCAUGACAGAAGAACAGAAGAGGCCUUAUGAAGAGAUAGCAAAGAAGAACAAGGAAAAGUAUAUGCAAGAAAUGGAGGCUUACAAGCAGAUGAAGGAUGAAGAAGCUAUGAAUUUAAAGAAAGAAGAGGAAGAGCUAUUAAAGCUUCAGAAACAGGAAGCCUUACAGCUUCUUAAGAAGAAGGAGAAAACAGAAAACAUAAUCAAGAAAACCAAAGAGAAUCGUCAAAAGAAGAAGCAGCAGAAUCCUGACCCUAACAAGCCUAAAAAGCCUGCAUCUUCAUUCCUUUUGUUCAGCAAAGAAGCAAGAAAAAGUUUAACGCACGAAAGGCCUGGAACUAACAACUCUACCCUUAAUGCAAUGAUUUCUGUAAAAUGGAAGGAACUUAGUGAAGAAGACAGGCAAAUCUGGAAUGCUAAAGCUGCUGAGGCCAUGGAAGUAUACAAGAAAGAAAUGGAAGAGUACAAUAAAUCUGCUGCAACCUCAGAUGUUAAAGCUUAACUGGGCAGUUAGGGAAAAGCAUUAACUUUGUUUCGAUGUUAAAUGAUGUUCAAGUUGUCUAUUGAACAUCUACUAAUCCCAAUUUCUUUGUUGCUGUUGAACUAGUCUAACUAGCAAUUAUUUCCCUGUCUUUUUAAAUUUGAAUGUCAACUCUGAGAUUAUCAAUUGAAUGAAUUUAGUUCAGAUGUGUUCUCA